CUUCGCUGGCUUUCUUGCCACCUUCCUUCCUCAUCCGGACCGAGGACUCCGUGCUCGAUCGGGGAGAGAGCCACUAGCAGCAGCAGCGAUCACAAAUUGUGCCAAUUCACAAACCGCCGCCCCCUUCCCUUUUUAAUAGCUGCCUUCGCCUCUCGUCCCCUCUCCCUCAUCGCCUUGCUGUCUCUGCGAAUCGAGAGAGAGUCAGAUAAGGUCGUUAAUUAGGUUUGUCAAUUCGGCUGCUUGCGGCGAGAGAAGAGGAGGAGGGAUUAGGGAUGGACGGGGCGCCGGUGGCGGAGUUCAGGCCGACGAUGACGCACGGCGGCCGGUACCUGCUCUACGACAUCUUCGGGAACAAGUUCGAGGUGACGAACAAGUACCAGCCGCCCAUCAUGCCCAUUGGCCGCGGCGCCUACGGGAUCGUCUGCUCCGUGAUGAACUUUGAGACGAGGGAGAUGGUGGCGAUAAAGAAGAUCGCCAACGCGUUCAACAACGACAUGGACGCCAAGCGCACGCUCCGGGAGAUCAAGCUCCUCAGGCACCUCGACCACGAGAACAUCAUAGGCAUCAGGGAUGUGAUCCCGCCGCCGAUCCCUCAGGCGUUCAACGACGUCUACAUCGCCACGGAGCUCAUGGACACCGACCUCCAUCACAUCAUCCGCUCCAACCAAGAACUGUCAGAAGAGCACUGCCAGUAUUUCCUGUACCAGAUCCUGCGGGGGCUCAAGUACAUCCACUCGGCGAACGUGAUCCACCGCGACCUGAAGCCGAGCAACCUGCUGCUGAACGCCAACUGCGACCUCAAGAUCUGCGACUUCGGGCUGGCGCGGCCGUCGUCGGAGAGCGACAUGAUGACGGAGUACGUGGUCACCCGGUGGUACCGCGCGCCGGAGCUGCUGCUCAACUCCACCGACUACUCCGCCGCCAUCGACGUCUGGUCCGUCGGCUGCAUCUUCAUGGAGCUCAUCAACCGCCAGCCGCUCUUCCCCGGCAGGGACCACAUGCACCAGAUGCGCCUCAUCACCGAGGUGAGUGAAUUAAUCAGCGUAGACACUCACACGCUGAAUUAUGCUACCUGUUCUUGGGUCUCAUCGUGUUGGGUCCAUGAUCAGGUGAUCGGGACGCCGACGGACGACGAGCUGGGGUUCAUACGGAACGAGGACGCGAGGAAGUACAUGAGGCACCUGCCGCAGUACCCGCGCCGGACGUUCGCGAGCAUGUUCCCGCGGGUGCAGCCCGCCGCGCUCGACCUCAUCGAGAGGAUGCUCACCUUCAACCCGCUGCAGAGAAUCACAGUUGAGGAGGCGCUCGAUCAUCCUUACCUAGAGAGAUUGCACGACAUCGCCGAUGAGCCCAUCUGCCUGGAGCCCUUCUCCUUCGACUUCGAGCAGAAGGCUCUAAACGAGGACCAAAUGAAGCAGCUGAUCUUCAACGAAGCGAUCGAGAUGAACCCAAACAUCCGGUACUAGAUUGAAUCACCAUGGAAAUGAGAUCCCGUCUAUACCUGCUUUGUACAUAUGAUCAAGAUUGAGAGCCGGGUAGACUGAACAUUGCAUUUGUUUGUUUGUUGAUGUUCGAAACCCACAUUCUCUGCAAGUUGUGGCUGCUUUGUAUGAUAUAUGGUACUAUGUUCGAAUAAAAGGGUUUGGAACUUUGGAUUAUGAUAUUAUA